AUGGCUCAUCCUGCCAAUAGAUACACUGCCAGUGGUGUCUGUGCACAAGUUGACGAUGAUGACGGAGACACCAGGAAAGACAGGACACUGCUGGUAGUGGUGCUGUAUUUUGCCCGGAGUGCGGAACUGGCAGGGCGGCGCUCCGAGACCCUUUCUGUACCGCGACAGAUAACCUCGCUGCAGCUCUGGGAGGAAAUUGUUAAGAUUCAUCCAAGGCUUGCUGUCAUCCGGGAUCAAGUGAUUUUUGCUGUUCAGCAGGAGUACGUGCUUCUUGGAGAUCAGCUCCUAGUCCUGCACCCAGGAGACGAGGUUGCCAUCAUCCCACCAAUUAGUGGAGGCUAAAUCUGUCCAAAAUCUCUUUGGA